AUGGUAUUCGUGAGUUCCAGCAUUGGACCAUUGGCUGGGUACAUUCCCAAGCGUUCCGUCGGAAUUUGUGGCAUCAAUCCUCGCGCCUCUUUUUCUUUCUACCUUAUAGUGCCGCGCUUCUUUCUCUCAACCUUAAUUCAUAUGGCCCUGUCGCUACAGGUGGGUUUAGUGGAGCGUGAUCAUCUUCACCACCGGUACCAGAUGCCGUGUGCAGAGCUCCUGCCCUCGCUUUUUUCCUACUCGCAUGCGAAUUGGCCGCUGCUAGACAUUAAAAUCACUUAG